ACUCCGAGAUCCCGAGCUAACGCCACCGUAUACCGCUCCCACGCAGCUCUAUAACUUCACCGGACUUUCUGCCCUACUGACCUUUUCCCGAUGGAUUCUCUCCGCGUUUGCGCUCUGUGCGUCGUGUUCAUCGCCGUCGCCAAGGCUUUUACGCACCAGGAUAUGAAGGACGCGCUGCUCCAGAAACUGGGUCUGGACGAGAUUCCCAACAUUGUCAAGAGGGAUUUGGAGAAUCUAAUUAUUCCGUCUCACAUCAAGAGCAAAUACACGUCCAUGCUGAAGCUGCAUCACAGCAGAAAGCGCAGAUCGUUGCCAAGUCUGGCAGGCAUUCUGAGAGGCAUUCCUGGCAAUGCAGAUAUCUCCGGGGAGUACGUGUAUUCUGACACUGCGCGUCAACGCAUGGUGUUCGAGAUGGACGCGCGGAUCCCGGCCAACAGCGAGGUCACCAUGGCCGAGCUCAAGCUCUACAAGAAGGCCCCCCACCACGCACGCCCCGCGGGGGGGGACAGGAAAGCCCACCGGCCCGUCAACAACGCCCGGGUCAGCGUCUACUGGGUGGACGUGUUGCCCAACGGCGCCAACCGCACGUCUCUGGUCGACUCACGGUUGAUCCCAAUCCACGAGACGGGCUGGAAGAGCUUUGAUGUGACCCAGGCGGUGCACUAUUGGUCCAAGGCCCAGAGGAAAACACCUAUGCACCUGGAGGUGUGGAUCGAGGGCGAGAGACCCGGCAGUUACGCGGCAGAAAUGGCCAAGAGUGUCCACUUUACCACCCAGGAGCAGGCCGGCAACACCCUGGGCAAGCCGGAGCUCAUCCUGUACACACUCAACCUCGAAGAAUACGGUUCUCGUGGCGACUGCGAUUCCAAUCAAAACAAAGACACGUGCUGCAGGGAACAGCACUUUGUCAAUUUCCGCGCGCUGACCUGGACGCAGUAUUGGAUCAUCGAGCCCGCGGGCUACCAGGCGUUCAGGUGCACGGGAGGCUGCAAGCAGCCCCGCCGCAACUACAACGGCUACAGCUACGGGGAGAGGCGCUGCACCGUGGCGGAGAGCGCGCCCCUGCCCAUCAUGUACCUGGUGAAGAAGGGCGAGUACACGGAGAUCGAGGUUGCCGAGUUCCCCAACAUGAUCGUGGAGCGGUGCGCCUGCACCAUGGACAAUGUGUCCAUAGUGUGAUGAUGAUCGGCGGUGGUGGUGGUGGUGAUCGAUGAGGAUAGUAACCAAACCAAAGAUAGUACUUUUCUAUUUAAAUUGGGAUGAAGUGAUUGGGAAGGGGGAUUUGGGGACGCGCCAGCUCUGCUACUGCUGCUGCAACGAACUCGCCAAGCACGUUUUUGUCCAGAAGCACUUAAAUGUAAUAUAUUUUGUAAUUAAGUGGACGUAACGUCGUAACGUUUUGACAUUUGUAUAGCUGGUAUGGGAUGCCAAAUGAAUAAUUACAUAGACUGUUUGACUGUUUUUUAUCACAGAGGUGUUUUUAUUUUGAACAUAAUUGUACAUAUGAAUAUGAAGUGACACAUUUUCAAACAAAAUAAAAAAAUCUUGUUUCAUUAA